UGGCGAAACAAGAAGUGCAAGCCGCAAGAUUAAGAAUUCAACGACUUCCGUGUUUUCCACGAACUUAGUUUUCACUGAAAUAUUUAGUUUGAGGGCUGAGAUCACUACAGAUCUUCAAAAUGGCAACCCCAGCGCAGCAAGUGCAACUGACCCUGAUUGACCCGACACAGCGGACGGAUCCAAAUAUCAUUCGUUUGGCCAUUGUGAUGGCUGGAAAGGGUGGCAAGCUCUAUUGCCUUGAUCAGGGUAAACCUUUGAAAGAGAUUGUGGAGGAGGUGUGUUCAGAUUACAGCAUUAAUACAGCAACCGCCACAGAGUAUGCAUUACAGUAUGCAGAGGGAGAGAAGUACAUCACAGAAGAAAACAGAAAGGAUCUCACCAAUGGGGACAUGCUCAAACUCACAGACUCGCCUAACAAGUCAGCCCUUGACAUCUACAACAAACUUCAAUCCAGCACUCCAGAGGAUAUACGUAGUGCCCUGGUGAGACUCUCUACGGCUUCCACCGAUCUGACCUUUGCACAAGAUUUCAUUUCCAACCAUGGUGUGGAUCUCCUUGUUAAGAUGGUGGAGGAAGGCAACCAGAACGGAGAGCCUCUGUCACUGACACUCAAGUCUUUUAUUGAACUGUUGGAUCAUAAUAUCAUAUCUUGGGACACACUUUCUGCAAACUAUGUUAAAAAGAUCGCAUCGUUUGUGAACCGAUCAGGUGGAACAGAUGUGCAAGUCACAGAGAGGGCUUUAAAUAUACUUGAAAGCAGUAUCUUAAACAGUACCAAGCUCUACAAUGUGAUUGCCAAUGAGAUAACGUUUCACAACAUGACUCAACACUUGGAAAAUGCUCAAAAUCCUGGUAUCCAGCAGAAUUGUCUUGCCCUGAUGAAUGCUCUUUGUCUGAAAGCUCCAGAAGACAGGAAAAAGAGAUUUGAAGAAGCACUUUCAGCAAGAACGAUACGUGUUGUCAUCAUGGAGAAAAUAAUCCGCUCUCAGAACAUUGGAACAGAGAUGACCCACCAGCUAUACGUCUUCCAGCAAUUGACCUUUAACCUUUUGGAGAAGCGUAGAAUGACUCAUAUUGACACAAGUAGUACUAAACAUAAAGAGUUCAUUGAAGAACUGCGAUCACAUGCGUUUGGUCACGAUAUGGAUUCAACAAGGGGUCCUGCUAAUGAUUACAAGAGAUUAGGCUUUCAGAAUGCAGAACACCCUAUCAAGGAUUUCAUGGAAGUCCCUCCAGGAUUACUAGCCUUGGAGUGUACCACACACUUUGCCAAUGAGCACAAUGAGGAUUACACAAGGGUUGUGCUAGAAAACUGCUCUCGAGCAGAUGAACAUGAAUGCCCCUUUGCCCGAUCUAGCAUCGCUCUUACCAAAAUGCUCUGUGAAAUUCUCAGAGUUGGAGAAUCACCCAAUGAAACAGGAGCAGAGUACUAUCCAAUGUUCUUCUCCUGUGAUAGUUCCUUUGAGGAAUUCUUCUGUCAAUGUAUCAAGCUCUUCAACAAGACAUGGAGAGAGAUGAGGGCAUCCCUGGAAGAUUUCCCAAAGGUAAUGAAUGUUGUCCAGGACCAGAUCAAGAGAGCCCUCAAGGUAAAGGAGCAGUACAAGCCAACCACCAUGGAGAACUUCUGGUCCAAACUGCAGCACUUCAACUACAGUGAGAUCCUCAAGCUCAGGCACCAGGAAAGGGACAACAAGGAAGAAGGCGCGGCCCAAGCCAGGCCAGUUGUAGACCUAAGGAAUCAGAUCAAGCCUGAAAUGAUAGAGCUAAUCAGACAGCAAAGACUACGGUUCCUAGUUGAAGGAACCAUGUUCAACAAAUACAACCAAAGAGGACGUGCCCAAGAUCGAUUUUGGUUCUGUCGUCUUUCACCUAAUCAUAAGAUGAUACAUCAUGGUGAUAUAGAAACUCACCAAUCACCACCAAGCUACGAAGCUCUCACCAACAAGAUUGCUGUGGCUGAUAUUCAGGAGAUCCAGACAGGGAAGGACUGCCAGCAUGUCCGCAAUGUCAGGGUUGAUGGUAGCUUAGCCUUCUCCAUCUUACAUCAGCUAGACCAUCGUCUAGAUUUCAUCGCCAGGUCACAAGAGAUGUUUGACAUGUGGACGGACGGUCUUAACGUGCUCCUAGGUAAACCCAUGCAGAGCAAGCAGAAGGAGGCUGACCUGGAAGCACUUCUUGGGAUGGAGAUGAAGAUUCGUCUCUUGGACAUGGUUAACAUCCCCAUCCCCACCACGGCUCCUGUCAUACCACCCCCACCCACGGAUUAUAACUUCUAUUAUGACCAGAUAUGAUUCACCCAUCCCCCACCGUAGCCCCCGUCAUACCACCCCCACCCACGGAUUACAUCUUCUAUUAUGACCCGAUAUGAAUCACCCGUCAUACCACCCCCACCCACGGAUUACAACUUCAAUUUUGACCAAAUAUGACUCACACUUCCACCCUUCCCUUACCGUAGCCCCCGUCAUACCACCCCCACCCACGGAUUAUAACUUCUAUUAUGACUAGAUAUGACUCACCCUUCCACCCAUCCCCCACCUUAGUCCCCGUCACACCACCCCCACCCACAGAUUGCAACUUCUAUUAUGACCAGAUAUGAAUCACCCAUCCCCCACCGUAGCCCCCGUCAUACCACCCCCACCCACGGAUUAUAACUUCUAUUAUGACCAGAUAUGAAUCACCCAUCCCCCACCGUAGCCCCCGUCAUACCACCCCCACCCACGGAUUAUAACUUCUAUUAUGACCAGAUAUGAAUCACCCAUCUCCCACCGUAGCCCCCGUCAUACCACCCCCACCCACGGAUUAUAACUUCUAUUAUGACCAGAUAUGAAUCACCCAUCUCCCACCGUAGCCCCCGUCAUACCACCCCCACCCACGGAUUAUAACUUCUAUUAUGACCAGAUAUGAAUCACCCAUCUCCCACCGUAGCCCCCGUCAUACCACCCCCACCCACGGAUUAUAACUUCUAUUAUGACCAGAUAUGAAUCACCCAUCCCCCACCGUAGCCCCCGUCAUACCACCCCCACCCACGGAUUACAUCUUCUAUUAUGACCCGAUAUGAAUCACCCGUCAUACCACCCCCACCCACGGAUUACAACUUCAAUUUUGACCAAAUAUGACUCACACUUCCACCCUUCCCUUACCGUAGCCCCCGUCAUACCACCCCCACCCACGGAUUAUAACUUCUAUUAUGACUAGAUAUGACUCACCCUUCCACCCAUCCCCCACCUUAGUCCCCGUCACACCACCCCCACCCACGGAUUGCAACUUCUAUUAUGACCAGAUAUGAAUCACCCAUCCCCCACCGUAGCCCCCGUCAUACCACCCCCACCCACAGAUUGCAACUUCUAUUAUGACCAGAUAUGAAUCACCCAUCCCCCACCGUAGCCCCCGUCAUACCACCCCCACCCACGGAUUAUAACUUCUAUUAUGACCAGAUAUGAAUCACCCAUCCCCCACCGUAGCCCCCGUCAUACCACCCCCACCCACGGAUUAUAACUUCUAUUAUGACCAGAUAUGAAUCACCCAUCUCCCACCGUAGCCCCCGUCAUACCACCCCCACCCACGGAUUAUAACUUCUAUUAUGACCAGAUAUGAAUCACCCAUCUCCCACCGUAGCCCCCGUCAUACCACCCCCACCCACGGAUUACAACUUCUAUUAUGACCAGAUAUGAAUCACCCAUCUCCCACCGUAGCCCCCGUCAUACCACCCCCACCCACGGAUUAUAACUUCUAUUAUGACCAGAUAUGAAUCACCCAUCUCCCACCGUAGCCCCCGUCAUACCACCCCCACCCACGGAUUACAACUUCUAUUAUGACCAGGAGGGUACCAGCCAGUACUGACUAAAUUGUCAGCUUUGGCAAUUUCAGUGAGAUCCUUGGUUUUGAAUGGCUGAGAAACUUUGAUCUCUGAUUGUAACUAUGACAAUUUAAUCAGUGCUGACAACUUCGAUGAAACACUCCCAAGAUAUGAAUCAUUCAGCCUUAUUCACUUUCUAAUGGAUAUCAAUAAAUGCCACACCAGGAUCUAGCCAGUAUACAGUGCGUUCCACAAAAAACGAAACCGAGAUUUAUCAUAACUGAUACAGCCCGCCAAAUGACUUUUUGGUAUCCUUUCUUCAAAUUGUUUUUGCUCACUCAUGCGUGAAUGGGGAAUAAUCUCAGUAAUAUCAAAUGAAAGAGGAGAUUCUAAGUUUUACAUUGGUAGGUCAUUUGUCUAUUGUAUUUGUGAUUAAAUUAUGAUAAAUCAUCGCUUAAUCUCGGUUUCGUUUUUUCUGGGACGCACUGUAUAGUCGACGUGUAUCUGUCAAGCAGGUUAUUAUUGAACCAUAUUUAUGGAUAUCAAAAAAUAGAAUUCUUUUCAUCAAGAAAUAAGAUAUUGCCUGUGUUCAGAAUCUUCCCUGUGUAUCCCUCAGUGAAAAUAUGAUUGCAAUAUAUAUGUCAGCAUAGAUAGCCCAUAACAGAUAGAACAACUAUCCCUAAACCAGUUAUUUAGUAUUGGUAUUGAUCUUCCACAUAUGAUAAUUUGAUGUUGGGAGUAACCCGAUGAGUAAGUGGAUGAUGGAAUACAGUAAUUAUGCAAUUCGAAUGGAUCAUGCAGAACACGGAAUACGGUAGUAUUUUAGUGUAGUUUUCAUUUUCAAAGCUGAGGAGACCAUGUGCGGUGAUUUUUUGUCUCACCUGCAUAGCAGAGUGAGACUAUAGGCGCCGCUUUUCCGACGGCGGCGGCGACGGCGACGGCGGCGGCGGCGUCAACACCAAAUCUUAACCUGAGGUUAAGUUUUUGAAAUGACAGCAUAACUUAGAAAGUAUAUGGACCUAGUUCAUGAAACUUGGCCAUAAGAUUAAUCAAGUAUUACUGAACAUCCUGCCUGAGUUUCAUGUCACAUGACCAAGGUCAAAGGUCAUUUAGGGUCAAUGAACUUAGACCAUGUUGGGGGAAUCAACAUCAAAAUCUUAACCUAAGGUUAAGUUUUUGAAAUGUCAUCAUAACUUAGAAAAUAUAUGGACCUAGUUCAUGAAACUUAUACAUAAGGUUAAUCAAGUAUCACUGAACAUCCUGCAUGAGUUUCACAUCACAUGACCAAGGUCAAAGGUCAUUUAGGGUCAAUAAACUUUGGCCGAAUUGGGGGUAUCUGUUGAAUUACCAUCAUAACUUUGAAAGUUUAUGGAUCUGAUUCAUGAAACUUGGACAUAAUAGUAAUCAAGUAUUACUGAACAUCCUGUGCAAGUUUCAGGUCACAUGAUCAAGGUCAAAGGUCAUUUAGGGUCAAUGAACUUUGGCCAAAUUUGGGUAUUUGUUGAAUUACAGCCAUAAAUUUCAAAGUGUGUUGGUCUAGUUCAUAAAACUUGGACAUAAUAGUAAUCAAGUAUCACUGAACAUCCUGUGCGAGUUUCAGGUCACAUGAUCAAGGUCAAAGGUCAUGUAAGGUCAAAGAACUUUGGCCACGUUGGGGGUAUUUGUUGAAUUGCCAUCAUAUCUCUAUAAGUGUAUUGGUCUAGUUCAUAAAACGUGGAAAUAAGAGUAACCAAGUAUCACUGAACAUCUUGUGCGAGUUAUAGUAGUUUUCAAAAUCAGCACUGCUGCUAUAUUGAAUCGCGUGAUGCAGGUGAGACGGCCAGAGGCAUUCCACUUGUUUAGAAAAGAAGCUAUUUCUCAACUCAACCUCAUUGAUGACCUGUGCUAUUAUGGAUAAUCAUGUAUUAUACCUACCAUCUAUAAUAAAGUUAUAGUGCAUGAUUUAAAUUGUAACAAACUUUAGUCAGGUUACAUAUGACAGCACAUAUUUUUGUAUUUGAUAUAUUUUGAUAUGUACAUUGUAGAUAAAAUGUAAGCAUGUUUGUUAACUUAUUACAGGGUUAUUGUCUGAAUACAUCAGUUAAUAUACUCUGGUUAAAGGAUGGUUAUCAACUUUUUAUACUUUGUUACCAACAAUUGUUGUACGAUUAUUAUUGAGAAAAAAGUAGAAUUGUUUGAUAUUAUUGUUACUGGUAUACAUUACGAUUAUUCAGUUUGUUUACUUGUAUCAGAAAUGUUAUUUAUUUGAUUAGGUAUCUUGUACACUUCAAUCUUUUUUAUUAUAUAUUUCAAGACUUUAUAUUCCAUCAGAAGGGGAGUUCAAAAUGUACAUUAACCCGACUGAUUCAUGCAUUAUAAAUAAAAAUAUGCCAUUAUCAAUUGUGUUUUGUAAUCUAGGAGGAGGAAAAACAAUGUUAACUCUUUUAUUUUAAUUUAUUAUCAGUGUAAGAUCACUCUCUUUUCCAAUUUUUUAAUCAUUUUUUUUUCAUCGUACUUGUGCAUGGACCAAGAUGUAUUUUGUAUGCAGAAUUUUCACUGUAGCAGACCUACACAACAUACUGCAGGUUUAAGCACCUAUAGAGAACAGUAAAAUUGCAAUAUUCUAGUACAUGUCUAGAAUAUUAAUAUUUUGUAGAUUAUAUUAUUUAUGUAUCAUAUUACAUACCUACAAUGUAUAAUUUUCCCAAUAUGCUAGACAUGUGCAUUAUCUCCAGUAUAUUCUAGUUCUUUAUCUUUUGUCAUUAAAGACAGCUGUCAUUUUAUAUGUACACAUAACACACUUGCGCACCCUCCAUUCCACAUAUGAGUAUAAGAGGAAGGGGACUUUGUAUUUAUUUCAUGAUAAUGGUUAUCUUAGUGUGUUAAGAAAGCCAAUAACAGUUCCUUUUGCGAAAAUCUUCAAUUCUGAAUUUUUUUUUUUUGCAAUAUGGUCCAGCCAGUCCCCCCC